AGUCCGUGGCGCUCUCGGUGGCCAUGUUUCCUUUUUCCGUCGGAGUCGCAACCUUUUUCCCUCCGCUGUUCGCACCCAAUUUCGCGCUUCCAUCGCGUUGGUUCCCGGGGUGAAAUCCUCCAGUCGCCGGAAAAUCUAGUCAAUUUUCUCUCCUCGAAUUCGGGCGGACGGGGAACUACGCGACGGCCGAACGGAGGUCCCAGAAUCAGGUCGCGUUUCGGAUAAGGCGCGAUUUUCUUCCGUGUGAUCGUCACAUCGCCAGUCUUGGAUUAGCACCUUUUUUCACCCCUUUCUACACUAGAAAAGCUGAAGAUUUCUCCGUUCCGGUCUUAUCCAUUCGGGCCUCGGGGCGCGGCGAUUAAGUGGCGAUCACCUCGGAUGUUAUGUUGUGUGGGGAGCUGGUAAGACCGAACCUGCUGCCCGGAUUGCACCCAGUGUCGGAUACAAGAAGCCCCUACGCCACCCUCUUGGGCAUGGCCGCCAUAGCCGCCUCGCAGCAGGUCGAAGAAGACGAUGUCUUUCUCGAGAACGGGUUGUUGAGCUAUGAGAACCCGAACUACCACUUGGACCCGGCGCGGCUGGCCGACGCGCUCAACUCGAACACGGAGCUGCCCGAGACGGGGAGCACCGGGAGCGCCCGCUCGACCCCGAGCUUGGCCCCGGCCACCGCCGCCCGGAGGAACUACGCCGCCCUCGACAUCAACGGCAUGGGGGUCGACGUCACCACCGGACCCCACCCCGCCACCAUCGACAACCAUAGAUACAGGAAUGGGAUUCCUGACAACGUAAAUGUGAACAGGGGCUUAGAUUUGACUACAGCACUACGUCACACGAAACCAGAUCUCAUUGAUUCCACCACUCAAAAUUGGAAUGGAAUGAAGGAUAAUAUGUUUGAAAAGCAUCAACCUCCAACAACCCUUCUACUGAAUAGCACGGACUCUCCUCGAAAAAUUCCUCAUGUCAUUGGUCAAUUAAAUAGCGAUAUUUAUGCUGUCCCCGUCAAAAGGAGAUCUCCUUCUAGUCCCAAAAAAUUGUCUCCGCCUUCAUCUCCUUGUCAGGAUGAGAAUCUUCCCGCUGGUUGGGAAAAGCAUGAAGAUAAUGAUGGGGCAUACUAUUGGCAUAUUAAAAGCGGAACUAUUCAACGGGAGCCACCAGAAUCAGCCAUGAACGAACCAAAAACUCCUCUAGUCAAAGAUGCUGAAACAGCUUUAACAAGUUUUCAGCAAACAGGUGGUAUUAGUUUGGUGACUCGAAGCAAUACAAGCUCUGCUCUUGAAGAUUUAGAUGGAAAAAAGAAAGAAGACCUAGCUUUCAAACGGCGGAGUUAUCCAGCCCGUGCAGAGCCAGAAGGCAAAGAGAAAGUGAUUCGAUUUGCAGUGAGAUCUCUUGGUUGGGUUGAAAUUGCGGAAGAGGACUUAACGCCUGAACGUAGUAGCAAAGCUGUAAAUAAAUGUAUAGUUGAUUUAUCUCUUGGGAGAAAUGAUCUUAUUGAUAAUGUGGGACGAUGGGGAGAUGGUAAAGACUUAUUCAUGGAUCUGGACGAAGGUGCUUUGAAGUUAAUCGACCCAGAAAAUUUAACAGCACUGAAUGCACAGCCUAUCCAUACUAUCCGGGUGUGGGGCGUUGGUCGUGAUAAUGGAAGAGAAAGAGAUUUCGCGUAUGUGGCCAGAGAUCGAAUGACCAGGAAACACAUGUGCCACGUAUUCAGGUGUGAUAUUGCUGCCAGAACUAUUGCCAAUACUUUAAGGGAUAUUUGCAAGAGGAUAAUGAUUGAAAGGAGUCUUCAACAAAAUUUAGCAAAGCCAAUUGACUUAAACGGUUGCAGGACUGGAGCAACAAGGCCAACAAAUCUGCCAACGGAAAAUCGCAAAUCUCACCAUCGAAAUAGUGCAGCACCUGUCACUCAUUGUUUCCCAACUCCAAUGGAAGAACCUAGGAAAGUUUUGCCGGCAAAGUACUUAGGCUCCAUGCAAGUGGACAAAGCAAGUGGGAUGGACGCUCUGAACACUGCCAUUGAUACCUUGACGCUGAACACUCCGAAAAGUGAAUGGAGUGAUGUGAGCGUAGCCGUUGCUCCAUCUAUGAUCACCAUCUCACAUACAGGGGAUGAGAAGCAGGUGGCUGAAUGCAGAGUGCGCUACCUCUCGUUCUUGGGAAUAGGCAAAAAUGUUCAGCAGUGCGCUUUUAUCAUGCAUACUGCCCAAGAUCUAUUUAUUGCACAUGUUUUUCAUUGUGAACCCUCAUCUGGAGCAUUGUGUAAAACAAUUGAAGCAGCUUGUAAACUGAGGUACCAGAAAUGCUUAGAUGCUCACCCACAAGGUUUAGCAGCUCCUCUUUCAAAUUCAUCUCCUAGCAAAGGUAUCGGUGCUACCAUUAAAAAUUUUGUUGGAUCUAUCACUGGCCGUAAACAAAGAGCAAACUCUGUGGAGUCCUGAGAUCAAGUGUAUUCUCUGCAAGAGUUGCUGAAUGAGCGUGAGGUGAUACAGCAUCGGCAUUUGCAGUCACCUAUCUCUUGCCAGAGAAUUGAUCAGCCCUCUCCCAGCUUGCAAAGCCUCCUCUCCCCAAGUCUGGAUUCGCGCAGAAUACAGCAGUUGGUCUCCACUCAUUUCCAGUUCUAAUUGUUCACAAUGCCUUGUUUUUUUUUCCUGUAUUCUGCUCCAUUGUAGAAAUGCUGUUAUUGGUGUAGAAUUCAAUGGAUAGGAAUCAACUGAAAGAGGUUAGAUUCAGGGGCCUUUGUUGAGUUGAAUUUUAUUCAGUUGCAAGGGGUGUUAAAGUCUGUUAGUAGUCAUCUGACUCAAUGGAAUGAAAGUUUGCGGUAAGAAAGUUGACUUUACAUCCAGGCAAAUUAUUUUCGUUGGCUUCAAGUUAUAGCUGUUUUUUUAUUUUAUUCCCAAUUCUAAUUUGAAAAUAAACACAAAUAGUUUCAAAGUUUCUUGCAAAACUUUUGUCAAAAUAUUUCAAUUUUUAAUCAAAUUUUUACCUGGAAGAAUUUUGUAUGUCACCUGUACAGUAGGUGUUCAGGUUUAUGUUUUCGUUGAAGCAACUGUGUUAAAAAUUAGGAGUUUUCAUUAAUUUUGACUGAGGGGGCUCCCUCUUUUAAGCAAUGCAUUUAUGGAAAAUUUCCUAAACACUAAACAAAUCAUGACAAAUUGUAACUCCCUGACAGAUUAAAUUAUCUGUCUGCAAAUGAACCAACGUCAAAACUCAUCAUGAAUCUUUUCAGCAUUUUCAAGCACUGAUUCUCCCGCAUCAAAAACUUCUGUACAUUAGCUUUUGCUCUGGCUCUGAAUUUUGUUUGUUUCUUGAACAUUUAAUGUAAUGGAGUUACUGCGUUUCUGAAUGCUAUAAUUUGAUUGUCCUCGCUGAGUAUGUUCUGUCAACUCAUUCAAAUAGUGGGUGUAUGGGAGAUUGACAAAAUAUUAAAAAAUGAAGUAAGUUUUUUGUAAAACUAGUCUCAGAAAAAUGCGUGUUUUGAAUACUUUUAAUUUAAAUUUGAUUCUUGAUUCUUGAAAAUGAUUGCAGAAAAACAAGCUUCUGCAUCGCAACAAUUUUAUCAGAAGUGAAUCUUUGGAUCGUUGAACUCGUCUUGAUGCAUUCUGGUUCUUUCUAAACUAAUUUUAUGUGUGUCUUACCAGUCAUUACCAGGAAUCACCAGUGUAAGUAAUGAUAGGAAUUCCAGUUAGCUCUUACUCAACAAUUUAAUCAAAAUUUUCUACGCCAAUUUUGUUAAAUGAAGAUUAGUGUUUCAUCUUUUGAAAGAAGCAAUGUAUUGGUUCUAUGGAAUCAUUUGUAUCCAUGCACUAAGUACUUUAUAAUAGUUUAUUUGAUAUUUGAACUAUUGUAUUUUCAUGUUGAGGAAAAUCAUACUGUUAAAAACGUGCACUAAAUUUUUCUUUUUUUACAAUUCUAAUCUCCAACACUCUUUUAAUAAAUGUGAAUCUCAUUGUGUAGUUUAGUUUUAGCUGUACCUAUCCUUGUUGGUAGCUAAGUUUUUCUCUGAGGCUUACUGAGUCUUCUGUAUAACUUCAAAACUUGUGUUCAAUGUCAUCUAAUUACCGUUGUCAUUUUUUCCCAUUUACGUUAAUUUGGUUUUGAUCGGCAAUUUUCGUUGAUAGGUCACACAGUGGAGCAAGUCAUUGGAAGAGGUCAGACCUAAUGUGGUAACUUAAAAAGCUCAUAUCUUUGUUCAUGCAAAAUGUAGAAGUUUCAAAGUGAUCUCAUUGGUUUUUUUGUAAAAUUUUCCUCUAUCUACACCUCUUAAAAUUGAUUCUGUAACAAAAUGAACAUCAAAAUAUGCAGUUUUAUGAAACAAUUUCAUGUCUGACCUCUCUAAAUGGCUCAUUCUACUGUGGGCAAGCCAAGUGCAGUGCAUCGUUCUGUUUGAGGACUCCAGGUAAGAGCAAAAACCAUGGGAAAAUGGGCAAACAUCAGGGAAAACAUACAAUUAUUUUUUUUUCUCUUUCAUGUAAAAAAUAGAUAAUUAACAAAGCAAUAUUUUGUAGAAGGCUCUCUUUUUUAAAGGAGAAAAAAAUAUCAGUCUCGAUGAUAACUUAACUUAAAAAUAUACUUCAACGUUUAAAAGUAAUGAAAAAGAGUCCUGUCACAUUCCAAUGUUAAACUUUAGGAGUAUUGACGAGAGUGUUAUUUUGCACCGCAGAAUUUUAAUAAUUUUUGUAAUUGGAUUUUUGAAGCUCUAUAAAUUACUGGAAUUUAAAUCAAAAUUACACCAAGAAAAUCACCUUUCUUUCUUACACUCUAGUCCUUAAAUCUCUUUGCCUGAUUUUUGGCUGGUUAAACUUAAAUUAUCUUAAACAUUAUCUCUUACUUGAUCCUCAAAAUCGAAUCUUGCAUGCAUAGUUUGAAAGAAUGACAAUAUUUUCGGUAAUUAGAACUACUCACUGAGAAAUACUCACAAAUUAAUCUGCUGUUUGCUUAAGGUAAAUUAUGAAUCCCAUAACUGUUUUGUAUUCCAAUCUGCAAAUAUUCCCAAUAUACAAAUUGAAUGUUGAAAAAUACCUUCAACCAGCGUAUCUGUGUAAUAUUAUAAUUUCUAACUUCUUUGUACUCCCAAAUUAUUGUUUAAAAAUGCCCGACUUUUGUCAUUUUUGGGCAUCCAAAGUACAAAACGUCUAAAUGCCAUUGCUUGACUCGUGUUUUUAUCUUGCUUUGAUCUUGGGUAAUUUGAAACCCCUCCCAAAGAGCAUCUAAUCAGAGAAGAUUAGUGUUUUUUGAGUAUUGAAACCUAUUUGUAAAAUGUAUUGGAUUGUACAUAGCUUUAUGACCUGAUCAUUAGAAAAAUAAAAAAUAACAAUAUUACAA